AUAAUAAUGGUGAUGGAGAUUUCAUGAUUAUGAGUCCUACUAAAGAAGAAGGUCAAUUUGAUACACUUGAAAAUAUGCCGGUUAUCACCAAGAAACCUAAACGAUCAAAGAGAAGUCUUUUCACUAGAUUCAAGAAUCCAACGUCUAAAUUAGAUGCUCCAAUUGAAGAUAAUGCAACCAAUAUACCUCCUGUGGCUGAAGAAAGUAAGAAUGAUAUAGAAAGUGCUUCGAAUAGUAUCAUUGGAAAUACAUCAACCCAUGGAUCAUCAAUUGGUGGUAGCACACCCUCUAUUAGCGGAGUCAAUGUAAUGGAUAGCUCAGCAUCAGAAGCAUCACAUCAACAGUCCCAACUCCAAUCAUCUGAGCCUGAUUAUGCUGCCUUGUUUGAAAAUGUCGGUAAACGUAAGAAUAUAACUUAUAGGAAACCAAAACCUAAAGUUAAAGACGAAAGUCUUAGUACUGAAACAUCAAAUACAGCUGGAGAACAACCUACUUCUUCCUCGUUGCUCAAUUUUGGUAGGUCUAGAAGUAAAGAAGGCAGUGCUCGCUCUUCUAUAAAGCAGGAUAAUGUUAGUGAACAAUUUAGUGGCGAGAACCUCAGUGUUGCUUCAUCCAAUGUAUCUUCCACCAAUCAGGAUUUGCUGCACGAAUCUGAACAACAAGACUCUAGUACCCCGUCAACUCCAACCACAUCAACCAUUGCCAGUGCAUCCAAGAGAAUUCUUGGAUCGAAGUUGAUGCCCAAGAAGAAAUCUGCAUCUAAACAACUUAGUGCAAAGGAUGCUGUCCUACUUUCAUUGGAUACACCCGUGGCCACGAUGAUUUCUAAAGGUGUAGAAGUUGAAGUGGAUUUGCGCUCAUUGGAUUUACCACCAGACACCAAGAUUUUCCCUACCUCGAUUAUCAAUUCCAAGAAUAGAACCAGAGGCCGUAAAGAGAAUAAAGAAGCAGAUAUGGUUGAUGAAACAAAGAUAUAUUUAUGUAAUUAUUGUUCGAGAAGAUUUAAACGUCAUGAACAUUUGAAGCGUCAUUUUAGGUCGUUGCAUACCUUCGAAAAGCCAUAUGAUUGCAGUAUAUGUCAUAAAAAGUUUAGUCGUUCCGAUAAUUUGAAUCAACAUUUGAAGAUUCAUAAGCAAGAAGAGGAGAUGGCACAUAUGGAUCAGAUGGAAGAAGUUGAGGUUGAAGAUGAAUAACUGCACUUAUGCUUAUAUAUAGCUAGAUUUAUAUUCCUUUAUUUUUAGAAGCUUUAAUACAUUAGUUGUGUUUAUU